CACCAUAAUGCAGUAGGUACAUUGCCUUACAUAUCGUUCGUUAAUCAAGACCUUGCUAUAUAAGGAGUCGUUGCGCCAUGGAGAAGGCCACAGUCGUCUUUGUCCUGGGCGCCCCAGGAGCAGGAAAGGGGACGCAAUGCUCGAAUAUAUUGGCAAAGUAUCCUGGAUGGCAGCAUCUAUCAACUGGGGACUUGCUGCGGGCUGAGGUUAAGGCCGGCAGCGAGCUGGGCGAGCAGGCGCAGCAGUAUAUGGCGGAGGGUCAGAUGGUCCCAAGCGAGCUGCUCCUUGGCAUACUGUUCAACGCGAUGUCGGACAGCGGGGCCACGCGCUUCCUGGUGGACGGCUUCCCGCGGACGCUGGACCAGCUGAGGGACUUUGACAGCCAGAUCAAGCCGUGUGACGGCGUGCUGGUGUUCAGUGUGCCCGAGGACGUGGCGGUGGAGCGGCUGCUGGCGCGCGGCGCCACGUCGGGGCGGGCGGACGACAACGAGGACACCAUCCGCACCCGCAUGCAGGUGUUCCAGGAGGAGAGCCAGCCCGUCAUCGAUUACCUCCGGGACAGCGGCGUCAACGUGCACGAGGUUGACGCCAGCUCGGAGUCGGAGGAGGUGUUUGCGGCGGUGGAGCCGUUCAUGGACGCCAUGGAGGCGGCGGCCGCGGAGAAGGAGGCUGCGGCCGGGGACGCCCCAGCCCCGCCGGCCGAUGCUGGCGCCGAGCCGGAGGCGGAAGCGGAGGCGGAGCAGCCGCCGGCGGCCGAGGAGGACGGCGAAGCCGCUGCCGCUGCCGAGGCCGCCGAUGCUGACGCGGACGCGGGCGCCGCUGCCGCGGACGCGGACGCGGACGCUGCCGCCGACGCCGACUCGGACCCCGCUGCCGCUGCCGAGGCCGAGGCCGCGCCCGCCCCUGCCGCGCCUGUCAAGGGCGCCGCGGCUGCUGACCUGGAGGAGGCGCUGGUGGUGUUUGUGCUGGGGGCGCCGGGCGCGGGCAAGGGCACGCAGUGCGACCUGAUCAAGGCGCGCCACGGCUGGGUGCACGUGUCCACGGGGGACCUGCUGCGGGCGGAGCUCAAGAGGGGCAGCGCCAUCGGGCAGCAGGCCCAGGCGCUGAUGUCCGCCGGCCAGAUGGUGCCCACGGGCUUGGUGCUGGACCUGCUGCUGGCGGCCAUGCGGGCCACGCCGCCGCCGCGGCGCCGCUUCCUGGUGGACGGCUUCCCGCGCAAGCUGGAGCAGCUGCAGGAGUUCGAGGGCCGCAUCAAGCCGUGUGACGGCGUGCUGGUGUUCAGUGUGCCCGAGGACGUGGCUGUGGAGCGGCUGCUGGCGCGCGGCGCCACGUCGGGGCGGGCGGACGACAACGAGGACACCAUCCGCACCCGCAUGCAGGUGUUCCAGGAGGAGAGCCAGCCCGUCAUCGAGUUCCUGCGCGAGCAGGGCGCCAACGUGGCUGAGAUCGAGGCCACUGGCGAGCCGGAGGAGAUCUUUGCGCAGGUGGCCACAUUCAUGGACAUGUUCGGGCCGCCGCUGGAGCUGCAGGAGCAACAGGAGGAGGGGGAGCAGCAGGAGGAGGAGGCGGAGCAGCAGCAGGAGCAGGGGGAGGAGGAGAAGGAGGGGGAGAGGGAGCAGCAGGGCGAGCAGGAGGGGGAGGAGCAGGCGGCUGCAGAGCAGGGCGAGCAGGCCGGCGAGGGCGAGGGCGAGGGCGAGGGAGGAUACAGUGCGGAGCAGCAGGCGGCGAUCUUGCGUAUCCAGGCGGCGGGUCGUGGCUACCUGGACCGCAAAAAGGUGGCGGCGUUGCGGGCAGAGAAGAUGGCGGAGGGUGCAUCAGCGGCGGAGGCCCAGGCAGAGGCGGAGGCGGAGGUGGCGGCGGAGGCGCAAGCGGAGGCGGAGGCGGAGGAGGCCGCCGCUGCUGCCGAGGCGGGCGAGGGAGCAUAUAGCGCGGAGCAGGAAGCGGCGAUACUUCGCAUCCAGGCCGCGGGUCGCGGGUACCUAGACCGCAAGAAGGUGGCGGCCCUUCGCGCCCAGAAGCAAGCGGAGGGCGCGCCAGCGGCGGAGGCGCAGGCGGAGGCGGAGGCCGAGGUGGCGGCGGAGGCGCUGGCCGACGCUGAGGAGGCUGCCAAGAAGGCGGGGGCGGAGGCCUACAGUGCGGAGCAGGAAGCCGCAAUCUUGCGUAUCCAGGCCGCCGGUCGUGGCUACCUAGACCGCAAAAAGGUGGCAGCGCUGCGGGCGGAGAAGAUGGCGGAGGGCGCAUCGGCGGCAGAGGCCGCGGCGGAAGCGGAGGCGGAGCUGCAGGCGGAGGCGGAGGCACAGCUGGCGGCGGCGGAGGAGGCGGCGGAGGAGGCGGCGGCGGAGGCCUACAGUGCGGAGCAGCAGGCGGCGGCGCUGCGCAUCCAGGCGGCGGGUCGCGGCUACCUGGACCGCAAGCGGGUGGCGGCGAUCAAGGCCGAGCGGGCGGCGGCGGGCAAGGCCGAGGCCCAGGCCCAGGCCGCGGAGUUUGAGGCGCGCAUGGAUGACCAGGUGGCCAACAUCCGCGGCAUGCUGGUGGUGUGCGGCCCCAGCGGCGUGGGCAAGGGCACGCUGAUCGGGCGGCUGAUGGCGGAGCACGGCGACAAGUUCGGCUUCAGCGUCAGCCACACCACUCGCGGGCCGCGCCCCGGCGAGCAGGACGGAGUGCACUACCACUUCACCGACAUGGCGUCCAUGACGAGCGAGGUGGAGUCAGGAAUGUUCCUGGAGCACGCAGCGGUGCACGGCAACAUGUACGGCACCAGCCUGGCGGCGGUGGCGGCGGUGGGGCGCGGCGGCCGCGUGGCGGUGCUGGACAUCGACGUGCAGGGCGCCAGCCGGAUCAAGGCCUCCCGCGCCGCCGCCAAGGCCGUGUACGUGUUCGUGGACCCGCCCUCCAUGCAAGAGCUGGAGGCGCGGCUGCGCGGCCGAGGCACCGAGACGGAGGACAAGGUGCAGCUGCGCCUGAAGAACUCCACCGCCGAGAUCGAGCGCUCCCACGAGCCCGGCUUCUUCGACGCCCGCAUCGUCAAUGACGACCUGGACGCCGCCUACCACCGCUUCAAGCUCACCAUUGAGCGGCUGCUGCCAGGCACCUUCAAGCCCGCCGACCUGCGGCCGCCCUCAGCGGCCCGGCUGCCCACGCCGCCGUCGGCGCCGGCGCCGCCGCCCGCCGCCGCCGCGCCCCGCGCCGCCUCAACCUCGGCCCGCGCCGCCGCUCCUGCCCCUGCUACUGCCCCUGCCGCCGCUACUGCCGCCGCUACUGCCCACGCUGCUACUGCCGCCGCUCCUGCCCCUGCUGCUACUGCCGCCUCCUCCUCCUCCGCCUCCGCCUCCUCCUCCUCGCUGCCGGUGCGGCAGUACAUGGACGCCACGGUGGUGCCGGUGCUGCGGGAGGCCCUGCGCGCACUCAACGAGGAGCGCCCGGCAGACCCGCUGCAGUACCUGGCUGACUUCUUCCAGGAGGCCCGUGCGCACGGCGGCCGCCACCCACGCACCGGAGGCAACGGCAAGAUUGCGCACUGAGAGCAGCGCAGGUGCGAGCGCCCCGGCCCUGUGGCGCACGGCAGCAGGUGCUGAAAAGCAAGGAAGCAUUGCUGGGCAACUGGGUUGUGGCGGGCAGCCGCGCGAGUGUGUUGGGUGCUGUUGAGGGGCUGGGACGCAGGGGCGGCUCGGCUCGUAAUAACGUGGUGUUGGAGUCGGGUCGCGGCGUUGCGGCGUGUACAGGUCUGGGUCGCGAAACGUCUCGGAAUGGCGAAGGGCAAAGAAGGGCGUAGUACCGUGCGGGUUGUGUCCAGUUGUGUCGACGGCUUCGCGUGAGGAGUUUGCGACGCUUGAAGAGCUUUGUAUAAUCGCAUGAGGGAAGGUCUGCUUGGCGUGCUGAUGCCGUCGUGACGGCGGGCCAUUAAUGAAAGCGAGGGCCUUGCAAGUUUGGAUUGAGGCGGAUUCGGCCGACCGAAUGAUGAUGGAUGAAGGAAACAGUGCUCGCUUUGGCCCGUGCUGGUGGGGAUAGCCGGGCAACCACCUCCCCUGCCCGGCCCCUUCACCCCUUCCCCACGCCCCUUCCCUGUUGACGGGACGUCAGGCUGCCGCGGACAGUCGGCAGGUGGCGGCCUGAUUGCAACCGCACGUGUACUGCACGGCAUCGACAGCAUCUAGUAACGCGGACGUGACGUAAUGCAACUUCUUAAUCCGUACCAUGUAUAACGGCGUUUGGGGCGUGUGCAUUUUACCUUGUCAUGCGUGCUGCUGCGAUGCACGACGCACAUAACGCUGUGUAGUACCGAGGGGCUGCGGAUUGCACGGGCGGCUGCGUCUGACGGAAUGAGCAGUACAUCACUUGCAUGUCCUGUAUCACUUGCAUGUCCUGUAUCACUUGCAUGUCCUGUAUCACUUGCAUGUCCUGUAUAGUCCCGAAGAAUCGGAGUGCGGCGUGCCCCUGCGGAUGGACAGCUGUCCCGUCUUCAGGAUUCCGCAUCCGUCAGGGGCUAAAAGAAUGGUUUUGACGGUCUGAAACGUUGGUUGUGAACAGGGUGAGGGCACACAAUCUUGGCUGCGCGGUUAACGCACGGUGUAGCACCGCAUAACAAUGUAAGUCGGCAUGUUU